AUGUUGCUCAGAUGCUAUUUUGGCGGAGUAAAGUACAAUUGCGAAGACAUUUUUCAUGCCAUCAUAACUGACAGCGGCUUAUGCUGUGUCUUUAAUAUGGUACAUGCAAAGUUCUUACAGAAAAAACCGUUACCGUGCGCUAAUUGUGAGGACGUCAAACCGAAUGGCACUGUUUAUGUGGAUUGGACCCCCGAAAAAGGAUAUCCUGCAAACUUACCCGAAAGUUAUAUCCCAAUGCCUGCUGCUGGCACAGGCGAAUCUUUGGGAUUAUCGGUAACUUUGGAUGCUGAACCAGACUACUAUUAUUGCUCUUCUGAGAACAGUGUCGGCUUCAAAAUGUUACUACACAAUCCGCUUGAGUUGCCCGAUAUGCGUGAGAUCGGUUUAUUGCUGUCGCCCGGACGAGAAACGAAAGUGCGAAUUAAAGCGGUUAAAACCGAAUCGCAAAAGCAUUUGCGUUCCAUGAAUAAGAAAAAUCGCGCAUGUUUUUUUGAGGAUGAAUAUAAUUUAAAGAGUUACAAGGUGUAUACGCAACGGAAUUGUGAGGUAGAAUGCUUUAUGAAUAUGUUACUGGCCUAUUGUGGGUGCGUCACUCAUUAUGCGCCUCUGGUUUUUGCUAACCAAACCGUAUGCAGCAUUUAUGAGUUAUCGUGCGUCAAUCGUGUUCAGCAGCAAUCCAUGCUGGCUAAGAAUGGCAACGGUUGUCCGGAAAUCUGUUGGUCCAGUUGCUAUGAUCUCUCAUACCUGCCGGACUUCUUCCACACACCACUGGCACAUGCGCGAUUCCAAAGCUCAAACCAAUUUAGUAAGAAUAUGAGUAGUAAUUAUAUGGAAAAAAAUAUUGCCGUCGUAAAUAUUUAUUUCAAAGAGAGCUGGUACCGAAGCAACAAGCAAAAUGAAUAUAUUGGAAUAACGGAUUUUUUAUCAAGGGUUGGCGGUAUUAUUGGACUGUUCUUUGGCUUUAGUUUCAUAUCCUUGGCUGAAGUCAUAUACUACUUUGUUUUGAAACCCGCUCGAAUAAUUAUUGCGACAGCUUGGACAAAACGAAAAAUGCUUAGAAAUAAGAAGCGAUUGAACAAAUUGACAUUGUUGGAUGCAGAGGUCACGGAUAAGGCAGGUUUAAUUGAGCAAAGGAAACUGCCGAGUUACGAAUCUAAUAUAACUGAAAGUCGGAAAGAUAUUUUUCUAGUUUCACAGAAGAAAGUUUCACAAUAUUCCGGCAGUCAAUGGAGGCCUGGCAUGGAAUAUACUCCUUGA